AUGGAAGACGGCAAUAGAGACAACUUCCAGCUGCCCGCCCCUCCACCCCCACUGCAGACCCGCGACAACGCAAUGGAUCGCCCAGGCACGCCGACCGAGGCCUUCAUGAGCCCGCAGCAGACGCCCCAGGGCAGUCCAAGCAAACACCACCAGCCGCCCGGCGCAUUCGAUCUGCCACACGUCUUCGAAAAUGCCAUGAGGCUGCUACCCACCAUGGGCUCGCCCUCCAAGACGAAGCCCGCAACACCAACACUGCCCAACAAACUGCAGCUAGGUGACUACAGCGCACCGGACAGCCCAAGUCAUGCACCGGGCAGCCCCACACGCAAGUCGAAUCAAGAGAACACGCCCCUCAGUGGUCGCCCGGGCCUGCAGAAGGAGUCGAGCUAUCUCACGCACGCAGCACAGUCGCGGCAGGAGCCUUACAGGACACGCGAGGAAGGCCAGCAGUCCACGCGCUACAUCAACGGCCCACAGCGCUUGUCACCAGAGGAAUUGGAGAAGGCAAGGAAGCCGGCCGUCAAGCGCCUGGCCAACGUGACUCAGCUGUACUUCCUCGAUUACUACUACGAUCUGCUCACUUACGUGCACAGUCGCCAGAGCCGUCUGUCUCAGUUCAAGGCCCAGAACCCUCCACCGCCAGAUACACCAGAAGAGGAAUACAACGAUGCCCUUACACAAUAUCUCGGCCGCGAGCGCGCCAACCUCCGCAAGCGACGUACUCGGUUACGGCAGGGUGAUUUCCAGAUCCUCACACAAGUCGGUCAGGGUGGCUAUGGACAGGUAUACUUGGCCCAGAAAAAGGACUCACGCGAGGUGUGCGCCCUCAAGGUCAUGAGCAAGAAGCUGCUCUUCAAGCUGGAUGAAGUUCGCCACGUCUUGACAGAGCGCGAUAUCUUGACCACUGCUAAGAGCGAGUGGCUUGUCCGCCUACUCUACGCCUUCCAAGACGAUAAGAGCAUCUACCUCGCCAUGGAAUACGUCCCCGGAGGUGACUUCCGAACCUUGCUCAACAACACUGGUGUCUUGCACAACCGACAUGCCCGCUUCUACAUUGCCGAAAUGUUCUCGUGUAUCGAUUCGCUGCAUCAGCUGGGCUACAUUCAUCGCGACUUGAAGCCUGAGAACUUCUUGAUCGACAGCACUGGACACGUCAAGCUAACAGACUUUGGCCUUGCAGCCGGUAUCCUUGCGCCUUCAAAGAUUGAGUCUAUGCGUAUCAAGCUCGAAUCUGUCAGUGACGUUGUGUCGCCAUUUGGCCGUCCUAUCGAAGACCGAUCGGCAGCACAGCGUCGGGAAAACUACCGCUCUCUUCGCGAACGGGACGUCAACUACGCCAAGAGUAUCGUUGGAAGCCCUGACUACAUGGCGCCUGAAGUGUUGAAGGGUGACGAGUACGAUUUCACAGUCGACUACUGGAGCCUGGGAUGUAUGUUGUUCGAGGCCCUAGCCGGAUAUCCACCCUUCGCUGGUGCCACGGUUGACGAAACCUGGCAAAACUUGAAACAAUGGAAGAAGGUCCUGCGGAAACCCGUCUACGAAGAUCCUUCCUAUUUCCUGUCGAAGCGCACCUGGGACCUCAUCGUCCGUCUCGUAGCAUCCAAGUCUACCCGCUUCCGCAACAUUUCUGAGAUUCAUGCCCAUCAGUACUUUGCUGAGGUCGACUGGACGAGGUUGAGGGAGCAGAAGGCACCGUUCGUACCGGAGUUGGACAGCGAGACCGACGCUGGAUACUUUGACGAUUUCGGCAAUGAAGCCGACAUGGCGAAAUACAAGGAAGUACACGAGAAGCAGGCUGCUUUGGAGGCUAUGCAAGACCGCAACGUUCAGAUGGGCAAGGGUCUAUUUGUUGGAUUCACCUUCCGCCACAAGAAGACGGCCGACGAGAACGGCAAGCCGUCAAGCCCUAGGAAGCCGCUUCCAAUGGUUGAGGAGAACUUUGGCACCAUAUUCUAA